CUCAUCGAAAAUUCCCACGCCUAUCCCAACAAGCAACAUCUAUCUCAACCCUCUCGUCCGUGAUCCAUUGCCUUUGUGCAUUGAUUGAUUACUCUUCUAUCCCGAUCACACACGAGGCAUCGGGACACUUCAUCGAUCCAUUGCCUCAUUUCCCUCUGUCCUAUACCUUCCUCCGACAAUUCCUACCUCCAACUCCUCAUCGACCACAGCUUUUUGUACAGCACAGUUCUCUCUCUUCCUCAUACCUGUGCUUUGAAACCCUGCCCUUGCUCUGAUUCACUUCAUCCAGCAUUGGGCAUUCACGGUUGACGGAAACUCCUCCUCUCGACUUCAUAACACGACGUUGGCAAAGCUUUACUCCUCACAGUCGUCAUUACCGCAUCCUGCCACAAUGCGGCCCGAAGUCGAGCAAGAGCUCGCCCACACUUUGCUCGUUGAGCUCCUUGCAUAUCAGUUCGCCUCUCCGGUGAGGUGGAUCGAGACUCAAGAUGUCAUACUGGAAAAGAACAGAACGGAGCGAAUUGUCGAGAUAGGGCCCGCAGACACAUUGGGCGGUAUGGCCAAGAGAACGUUGGCUUCCAAAUAUGAAGCAUAUGACGCUGCUACUUCAGUCUCACGGCAGGUCCUGGCGUACAAUAAGGAUCAGAAAGAGAUCUACUACGAUGUUGACCCUGUUGAAGACGAGCCUGCUCCGGCGGCUACAGAGCCGGCAGCUUCUUCUUCAGCUCCAGCUGCUUCCACACCCUCUGCAGCCGCUGCCCCUGUCGCCGCUCCUCCUCCUCCAGCUGCAGGUGCCGGUCCUGCUGCAGCUGUCGCCGAUGCUCCUGUUGCCGCCGUUGAUAUUCUCAGAACCCUGGUCGCUCAAAAGCUGAAGAAACCUCUUACAGACAUUCCUCUGAGCAAAGCAAUCAAAGACCUGGUCGGUGGAAAAUCUACACUUCAAAAUGAAAUUCUGGGUGACCUCGGAAAAGAAUUUGGGUCGACACCCGAAAAGCCGGAAGAUACUCCCCUGGACGAACUGGGUGCUUCCAUGCAGUCUACAUUCAAUGGCCAACUUGGCAAGCAGUCAUCCUCGCUGAUCGCCCGCUUAGUAUCCUCCAAGAUGCCUGGUGGUUUCAAUAUCACAGCCGUCAGAAAGCACCUAGAGACCUCUUUCGGCCUCGGUCCCGGCCGACAAGACGGGGCUUUGUUGCUUGCUCUGACGAUGGAGCCACCCUCGCGGCUAGGCUCUGAGAACGAUGCAAAAGCUUAUCUUGGAGAUGUCGCUCAGAAAUAUGCCUCGAUCGCUGGUAUCAGCCUCUCAUCUGCAUCUGCUGGCGGUGCCGCUGCGGGUGCCGCUGGCGCAGGCAUGAUGAUGGACCCUGCGGCCAUUGAUGCUCUGACCAAAGACCAGCGAGCUCUGUUUAAACAGCAGCUCGAAUUGUUCGCCCGCUACCUCAAGAUGGAUCUUCGUUCUGGCGACAAGGCCUUCAUUGGCUCCCAAGAGACCAACAAAGCUUUGCAAGCUCAACUUGAUUUGUGGAACACUGAGCAUGGAGAGUUCUAUGCUUCGGGCAUCGAGCCUUCAUUCAGCACAUUGAAGGCUCGGGUCUACGAUUCCUCCUGGAAUUGGGCUCGGCAAGAUGCUCUCAGCAUGUAUUACGACAUCAUUUUCGGCCGCCUCAAGGCUGUUGACCGUGAGAUUGUCAGCCAGUGUAUCCGCAUCAUGAACAGAUCCAAUCCCACUUUGAUCGAGUACAUGCAAUAUCACAUCGACAACUGCCCAACCCAGCGAGGCGAAACCUACCAGCUAGCCAAAGAGUUGGGCGAGCAGCUCAUCGAAAACUGCAGGGAUGUUCUCGACGAAGCUCCAGUGUACAAAGACGUAUCGAUUCCUACUGGUCCUCAGACGACCAUCGAUGCCCGUGGCAACCUCGACUACAAAGAGGUCCCUCGCCAAAGUGCUCGCAAACUUGAACAGUAUGUACGCGAGAUGGCUGAGGGCGGCAAGAUCUCCGAGUACAGCAACCGGACAAAGGUCCAAAAUGAUCUUCGCAAUGUCUACAAAUUGAUUCGGAAGCAACACAAACUUUCCAAGGCUUCCCAGCUUCAGUUCAACACUUUGUACAAGGAUGUAGUCCGUGCACUGGCCAUGAAUGAGUCUCAGAUCAUGCCUCAAGAGAAUGGGGACGUGAAGAGACCUGGCCGUAAUGGCUCGGUAACCCGGGCGACCAUGAAUGGCACCGUGAAGCAGGGCAAAACCGAAACGAUUCCUUUCCUUCAUCUGAAGAAGAAGCAGGAGCACGGCUGGGACUACAGCAAGAAGCUCACUGGUGUGUAUCUUGACGGCCUAGAGAAUGCCGCUCGGGCGGGUAUUACCUUCCAAGGCAAGAUGGCCCUCAUGACCGGCGCAGGUGCAGGAUCCAUCGGUGCAGAAGUCCUACAAGGACUCAUCAGCGGUGGUGCGAAGGUGGUCGUUACUACCAGCCGCUACUCCCGUGAAGUCACCGAAUACUAUCAGUCGAUGUAUGCACGUUUCGGCGCUCGCGGAUCACAGCUUGUGGUUGUCCCUUUCAACCAAGGUAGCAAGCAGGAUGUCGAGGGCCUCAUCGACUACAUCUAUGACAACAAGAAAGGUCUUGGCUGGGAUCUGGAUUUCAUUGUGCCUUUCGCUGCUAUCCCCGAAAACGGCCGCGAGAUUGACAGCAUUGAUUCCAAAUCUGAAUUGGCACAUCGUAUCAUGUUGACCAACCUGGUGCGUCUUCUAGGUUGCGUCAAGGCGAAGAAGUUUGAGAAUGGAAUCAACACGCGACCAGCUCAAGUCAUCCUCCCUCUGUCACCUAACCAUGGUACAUUCGGUAAUGAUGGUCUGUACUCCGAGUCCAAACUUGCCUUGGAGACUCUGUUCAACCGAUGGUACUCGGAGAGCUGGGCUGACUACUUGACUAUCUGUGGUGCUGUAAUUGGCUGGACUCGUGGUACCGGUCUCAUGAGCGGCAACAAUAUCGUUGCUGACGGUGUCGAGAAACUUGGUGUGCGAACCUUCUCUCAGCAAGAAAUGGCCUUUAAUCUGCUCGGUCUCAUGUCGCCAGCCAUUGUCGACCUCUGCCAGACUGAGCCCGUCUGGGCUGAUUUGAACGGAGGUCUACAAUUCUUGCCUGAUCUCAAAGAUCUUAUGACCAGGCUGCGUGCCGAGAUCAUGGAGACAAGCGCCGUUCGACAAGCUGUCACCAAGGAGACCGCCAUUGAGAACAAAGUUGUCAACGGAGAAGACAGCGAGGCUCUCUACAAGAAGGUCACCAUCGAACCUCGUGCCAACAUUAAGUUCGACUUUCCCACACUUCCUGAGUGGAAGGAGGAGAUCGAGCCACUCAACGCCAAGCUUAAGGGCAUGGUCGAUCUCGACAAGGUUGUUGUCGUUACUGGCUUUGCCGAGCUUGGUCCGUGGGGCAACUCGCGUACUCGCUGGGAGAUGGAAGCUCAUGGUGAGUUCUCGCUGGAGGGUUGCGUUGAGAUGGCCUGGAUGAUGGGUCUGAUCAAGAAUCACAACGGCCCUCUCAAGGGCAAGUCGUACUCUGGAUGGGUCGACGCAAAGACCAAUGAACCUGUUGACGACAAAGAUGUCAAAGCAAAAUAUGAGAAGCAGAUUCUGGAGCAGUCUGGUAUUCGUCUCAUUGAACCAGAAUUGUUCAACGGCUACGACCCAAAGAAGAAGCAGCUUCUGCAAGAAAUCCAGAUUGAGGAGGACCUCGACCCGUUCGAAGCCUCUAAAGAGACUGCCGAGGAGUUCAAGCGACAACAUGGUGAGAAGGUCGAAACUUUCGAACUGGAAUCGGGCGAAUUCACUGUCCGCCUGAAGAAGGGCGCCACGCUCCUCAUUCCCAAGGCUCUCCGCUUUGAUCGCCUUGUUGCCGGUCAGAUCCCAACUGGAUGGAACGCGAAGCAAUAUGGUAUUCCCGACGACAUCAUCUCUCAGGUCGAUCCAGUCACUCUCUUUGUUCUUGUCUGCACUGUCGAGGCUCUUCUUGCGUCUGGAAUCACGGAUCCAUAUGAGUUCUACAAGUAUGUUCACCUGUCCGAGGUCGGCAACUGUGUUGGAUCUGGUAUUGGUGGUACCACUGCCCUUCGCGGCAUGUACAAAGAUAGAUUCAUGGACAAGCCUGUUCAGAAGGAUAUUCUGCAAGAAUCUUUCAUCAACACUAUGGCUGCCUGGGUCAACAUGUUGCUCUUGUCAUCGACCGGCCCGAUCAAGACCCCUGUCGGUGCUUGCGCGACCGCUGUCGAAUCUAUCGACAUCGGUUAUGAGACCAUCGUCGAAGGAAAGGCACGUGUUUGCUUCGUUGGUGGUUUCGAUGACUUCCAAGAGGAAGGUUCUUACGAGUUCGCCAAUAUGAAGGCUACCAGCAACGCUGAGGAUGAAUUUGCACAUGGCCGCACGCCCAAGGAAAUGUCUCGACCCACGACAACCACUCGAAACGGUUUCAUGGAGUCUCAAGGCUGUGGUAUGCAGAUCAUCAUGUCGGCUCGGCUGGCUUUGGAUAUGGGAACUCCGAUCUACGGUAUCCUUGGCUUGGUCUCCACUGCCACAGAUAAGAUUGGCCGAUCCGUACCUGCACCAGGCCAAGGUGUGUUGACGACUGCCCGAGAGAAUGCUGGCAAAUUCCCAUCUCCUCUGCUUGACAUCAACUACCGCAAGAGACAACUUGAGCACAGAAGACGCGCUAUCAAGAACUGGCAAGAGUCGGAGCUCUUGUACCUUCACGAAGAAGUUGCAGCCAUGAAAUCUCAAGCUGGCUUCGGUUUCGACGCAAAGGAGUACAUGGAGGAACGUGCCGCCCACAUAGAGCGUGAGGCGGUCCGACAAGAGAAGGAGGCGCAGAAUAGUCUGGGUAAUAAUUUCUGGAAGCAAGACCCUGCUAUUGCUCCCCUCCGUGGUGCGUUGGCUACCUGGGGUCUCACUAUCGAUGACUUGGACGUUGCUUCUUUCCACGGUACCUCCACUGUCGCCAACGAUAAGAACGAAUCUGAAGUCAUCUGCAAACAGAUGGAACACUUGGGCCGAAAGAAGGGCAAUGCUCUGCUUGGUAUCUUCCAGAAAUAUCUCACUGGUCACCCCAAGGGUGCAGCAGGUGCUUGGAUGUUCAACGGCUGUUUGCAAGUCCUCAACAGUGGCAUCGUGCCUGGCAACCGAAACGCCGACAAUGUGGACCAGGUAAUGGAGAAGUUCGAUUACAUUGUCUAUCCCAGCCGGUCAUUGCAAACCGAUGGCAUCAAAGCAUUCUCCGUCACCUCAUUCGGCUUCGGCCAAAAGGGUGCUCAGGCCAUUGGUAUCCAUCCCAAGUACCUGUUUGCCACUUUGGACCAAGCAGAGUUCCAGCGAUACAAGUCCAAGGUUGAGGCUCGACAGAAGAGAGCCUACCGAUACUUCCACAACGGCAUGAUCAACAACACCCUGUUUGUGGCCAAGACUCAUGCACCAUAUCCUGACGACAUGAUGCAGAAGGUCUUCUUGAAUCCCGACCAGCGAGUGGUCGCCGACAAGAAGUCUGGCGAGCUCACUUACCACGCCAGUCUGCCCAAGAAAGUCUCUGGCGCCAGCGCAUUGGAGACCAAGGCGAUGCUCGAGUCCCUAACACAAGCAAGUGCCAUGGAGGGAUCCAAGGUUGGCGUUGAUGUCGAGGACAUCCGAGCCAUCAACAUUGAAAACGAGACGUUUGUGAAGAGAAACUUCACUGACGCCGAGCAGACGUACUGCAACAAGGCAGCCUCGCCUCAGGCUUCUUAUGCUGGCCGAUGGAGUGCCAAGGAAGCUGUCUUCAAGUCGUUGGGAGUCUGCAGCAAGGGAGGCGGUGCCCCUCUUCACGACAUUGAAAUCCUCAGCGACGAGAAUGGGGCCCCCAAGGUCGCCCUUCAUGGAGCUGCGUUGGAAGCGGCGAAAGAGGCCGGCGUGAAGAAUGUCAAUGUCAGCAUCAGUCAUAGCGAGAGUCAAGCGAUUGCUGUCGCCGUGUCUGCAUUCUAGGCAUGUACUCAUAGUGGGGUGGGUGGUAUUUGGGACUUCGUGCAAAUAUAUCCAGGAUCAUGGGCAAAAAAGACAAAGACUGGACAGGCAUCAUUGAUAUGCUGUAUGUUGGAGUGAGCCUCUUUCCUUUGCGUUGUUCUUGUCGCUCUUGCUAUUGCUGUUGUUGUUGUAAUAAUGGAAAGGAAGGCGCCGGCGUCAAGGGCUGGCCAGGCCAGGCGAAACCUGAUAGAUAUAUUUGAAGCGUAAGCCGCCUUUUUGUAACUUGGGCUGCCGUACAUAAGAAAGCCGAUGGAAAAGGCAUAUUCACCAUUA